AUGAGCCAAGAAACCAGCAAGGACGAGCUGCUCGGUGGAAGGUCGCCGGGCGGUGAGCUGGACAAGGCGGAGGUGGAGAUGCGUGAGGCCGGCAGCGACGACGACGAGGCCGGGACGAGGCAGCCGUACAACUGCACCUUCUGCAGGAGGGGGUUCCCGACGGCGCAGGCGCUGGGCGGGCACAUGAACGUGCACCGGAAGGACAGGGUCGGAAGAGCGACACCGUCGUCGACGACGGCGGCGGCGGCGGCAAGGCGAAGCGUAAGCUACGAUACGCUCGUGGGCUUGUUCGGUACUACUGGACAAGCUCGUCCGGCGAGCGGCGGCGAGGAGCAGGCGUCGUCCACGGCGGCCGGCGGCGGGAGGCUGCAGCAGCCUCGUACUGACCGACGGGCGCCGCAAGAGCUGCGGCUGUUUGGCCGUGACGACGACGGCGCCGACGGCCGCGGCGAAGGUGGCGCCAGAGAUCGACGAGAUCACCACGACUCCCAGGAUGGAGAUGGCAAUGGCGGUCGUGAUCGAGGAGAGGAUGAAUUGGAUUUGGAGCUGAGACUUGGUGGCUCAGGCUCAUGGUCUAAUUGA